UGAUGUGUUGUUUGAACUUUGCAGGUUUGUAAAUUGUCAUGUACAAUCUGUUGCAGAAAUUGUUGAUGAACUCGGCCCAGUGACUUACAAAUUUCGCAUUGUCGCUCCGUACGAGAAAGACAGGGGCAAAGUACAGUUUCCACCUGACAGCGACUUUGUGAUGACUACAUUGCCAAUAAUGCCUUAUGAAACAAUGAUUCCACGAUACUGUCCAGACGUCCUACCACAAGAUUCCCUCAUCGUGCGACUUUGGGUCUGGGCAACUGAUGGGCGACUGGUGGCAGAGAUGAACAUUACAGAAGCUUUGUCAGAAGGAGAAGCAGCUUCUCCUGAUGAUGUUAUUGCGAUAAUCUCCAGAUCUGAGAUGAAAGACCUGGGUACAAUCCAAGACGUUGCAACGUUCGUGACUCUGGCUUCUGCCAAGAAUUUGACUUUAGCAUCUAAGGCUACGGCCGCAAAGACACUUCAGGCAUCGGCGGAUGCAUUGAAGAAUAUGACAGAAUCUGGAUCAUCCAUGUCAGUGGAAGAAGUAAACAUUCUGACAUGUACCAUGUUUACAGGAAUGACCCACAUGUUGGAAGACUCAUCGAAUGUGUCUUCCAAUGCCGAAGACACCGAGAAGGUCCAACAAAUUGUCAGCGCUGUGUACAACACAAUGGACACCCUAGCAGAGACGUAUCUUGAUAACCUCAUGGCCGAGGAGAGUCAGGGAACAACGGUGGUUUUUCAACUGCCAAAGCUUCACUUAAAAGUACAGAAAGGAGGAUGUGAAGAAGGGCGUAGGAAGAUACUUGUUGUGCAAGAUUUGGUGGUGGUUACUCCACCAUUCCAUGACCUGUCUUCAGGCUGCCAUGAAAAUGACAUUGUAGGUCUUGUGCUGACAGAGGCUAACUUCAACCCUUUGCAAUACGCUGGUAACUCACAAGAGAUCCGGUCCGAGGUUGUGAGUAUGACAGUCCGUGUUGGAGGUGAGAUCAAACCUGUCGACCAUCUCCCCGACCCCAUCGACAUGAUCAUCCGCCGGGAUGAGCAGGAUGUGGCCAGCACCAUGUUCACUCAUGUCGGCAGGAUUGACUCCGAUAGUGACACUGCUGUUGCAGAAUUUCGCCCGCAGAAGUCCGGAACUGCACUCAGCAUCCACCUGGACGUUGAGCAAACCCCAGAACCACGAGAUAUUCGUCUAGUUCUGCUAAACAUAUCAUCAGCUCCGAUUCCAGAAAACUAUGACAACAUCAACUUCACAACUGUUCUGCCUGUGCCGCAGAAUGAGUUGUUCACCCUACCUGUGCUGUACAAUGGCACGGAGGUCAACCUAACGGCCAGUCCCUACUCCUGGCUGAUACUCCCUGAAGAGGGACCUAUAAUGGACUACCAGAACGCGACCAACACUUCCUACUAUUUAUAUAUACUCUACGAUACCAAAGAUGUCAUUUCCAGAGCCAAAGUGACGAGCAAGUUUACAGUCAGCAUUCUGGAGACUGCCUGCGUGUACUUUGGAGAAGAGUCGCAGCAGUGGCUGAGCGAUGGAUGCAAGGUGGGUCCACUGUCAAAUACCACCCACAUCCACUGCCAAUGUGACCACCUGACCAAGUUUUCUGGAUUCGUGCCCCCAAACCCACUGCGAUUUGACAAAGUGUUCAGUGCCAGUAUUACUGAAAACCCUGUUGGACUUAUCGCCGUCCUCACAGUUUUUGGACUGUUUGUAAUGGGCUGCCUUCUGGGGAGGAAGGCCGACAGGGCGGAUCUUCAGAAAAUUGGUGUUACCAUACCGACCGGUCUCCGGCUGAACUCUGAUCCUGAAAACCAUUACGUCAUAACGAUCUACACAGGGUACAGAGCAGGUGCUGGGACUACUGCACAGGUUUCCAUCGUCCUGUUUGGUUUUAUGGAUGAGAGCGAGCCCCUCCACCUGUGUGACGACAGGCGGGUGCUGUUCCAGAGUGGCAGCGAGGACUCCUUCCUGGUGUCCACGGAGAGACGUCUGGGCCCGCUCACACACGUCCAUGUCUGGCACAACAACGCUGGCUUCAGCCCUGGAUGGUUUCUCAGCAGGGUCGUGGUGAAACAUGUACGUUCUGGUCACCAAGACUACUUCAUCUGCAACAAGUGGCUCGCAUUGGAAGAAGGUGAUGGCAGAAUCAACCGUAUGGUUUUUGUCGCGAGUCCAGAAGAGAUGGCCAACAUAUCAAACCUGAUAAUGAGCAGGAUGUCAAAAGACGCCCAUGAUGGCCACCUUUACUACUCCAUGGUCGGCCGUCCCGCCCGCAGCAGCUUCAGCCGUGUGCAGCGCCUGACGUGCUGUAUGUGCACGGUGUACUGCACCAUGGUCACCAACAUCAUGUUCUUUGGACAGGGAGACAAGUUUGACCCACCAGAACCCAUCAGGUUCAUGGGCGUGGAGUUCCAACUCCCGAUCAGCUUACCUGAGAUAAUGAUCAGCGUUCAAAGCGCUGCACUGAUCCUACCCGUGAUGUCUGUCAUCGUGUUCCUGUACAGGAACGCAUCACCUCGGCCGCCAAAGGCCUCACCUAAAGCACUCACAGAGCCACACGUGGUUUACCGUGGACAAAGGUCUGGCACAACCUCGGUUCUUCAGCCAGAAGAAGAUUCAUCUGACAAACCAACCAGGACACCCUCACAGCCUGUGAAAGGUGCAGUUGCCCUGCCAUCCAGCCUGGCCGAGAGGCGUCCCACUGUUCGCCACCUCCGCCCAACUCCGACUAGGACUGACCCGGGGGCAAUCGAGGUCAUGAUGCAGGAGAGAUCCUCUGGGUCUUCAGAUAUGAACAUAAAACCAAAGGCUGGAUUCAAAUUACCGUGGUGGGCAUCGAGGCUAGCCGGAGCACUAGCGUGGUCUGUGAGCUUUGUGGCAGCGUUCUUCGUCGUGCUGUACUCUUUGUCGUUCAGCCGUGCCAAGGCCGAGGCCUGGCUCAUCACUUUUGUCACGUCGUUUGCAACAGACAUGUUCCUACUGCAACCUGUCAAGCUGAUGGCGGCUGCUGUUGGCAUUGUCCUGUUAUUCAGGAAACCCGCGAAUGAUGACGACCUGCCACCAACUGCGAUCACUGAUGACGAAAAGUGCCUUGACAUUUUGCCUCAACACCUACCUUCUGAUAAAAUGGGUACCAAGCUGCCCAGUGAUGAUGUCCUUGCUGAGGACAGGGCACGCCGACUUCGGAAGAAAAAGGUCCGCAGCGCCCUGAAAGAGGUCCUGCUGUACGGCAUGUUCGUGUGCGUUCUCAUGUUGACGUCCUUUGGCGAGCGAAGCAGUCAUGCGUUCCACAUGAACAAGGCUAUCAAUGGUUUUGUCGUGGAUGGCACUGAAGGCGCUGCAUUCUCUGAGAUAUCAGACGUGACUUCAUUUUGGCAGUGGGUGGACACCACCCUGAUCCCUGCUACCCACUCCCCACCAUGGUACAACCGUCGGGCAAGUAACCAUACUCUGCACCUUCCUGAUCACAUGACACACCUCAUUGUUCCACUACGGUUCCGCCAAGUCCGCAUGAAACAAGAACAACAAUGCACCAUUCCGGACACCAUGGAGAAUGUAUCAGCCAGCUGCCUCGAUGGCUACUCUGUACUUAACGCUGAUACUUCCAAUUACAACGGCAGCUGGGAUGCGGCAAUUGAACCAAAUUAUGACAACAGCACAGCGCAGUCCCCAUGGCAUUUCACAUACGGAAACGUGACUGAUGGUUUUGCAUACAUCGGAAAGCAUGGCACCUACGCCACAGGUGGCUAUGUAGCGACUCUCAACUGGACAUUUGACGGGAGCGUCGAAAUAUCUACCAGUCUACAGAGUAAAAACUGGCUGGACAAAAAGACCCGAGCGGUCUUCAUAGAGAUGACGCUGUACAAUCCCCAUGCCAACCUGUUCUCUGUGGUCGUCAUGGUAACAGAGUUUAGCAUCACAGGACGCGUUUCCAUGGCAACUGAGAUGACGACCUUCAGGCUGCAUCACAAGGACCAGGUGGCCCUGCUUGUCCUGCGAGUAACCAUGGCAUUCUUCAUGCUCUACUAUCUCAUCGUAGCAGUGAUGAACUUCAACACGCGACCACUACAGUACCUCACAGAGGCGGGGAGCUGGUUGGAAAUCUUCAUCAUCUUCAGCACUGCCGCAACGCUCAGUCUGUACUUCAGAGCUCAGGGCGUCAUCGACGACAUUAGUGGACACGGACAUGAAGACCACGUGUUUGAGAGCUACCAUAAAGCAGCCACGUGGUAUCAGAUGUACACUUAUUCACUGAGCUUUUUAAUUUGUUGUUCCCUGAUCAAGCUCAUCCGCUUGCUGAGGUUCAACAAUCAUGUCUACAGCUUGAUGAAUACGAUGAUAAAAACAGCAAAGCCAUUAUUCAAUUUCCUUAUCAUGGCAAGUAUCAUCUUCACGGCAUUUGCUCUUGCUGCUAACCUAACCCUGGGCCUGAAUUUGAUGGAGUAUAGCACUCUCCUGGCCACCUAUGAGAGUCUGUUUGGUAUGAUGUUGGGGUCAUUUACCUUUGAAAGGCUACAGGAGGGCUCUGCAUUAUUCGGACCAGCCCUGUUUGUGUUUUUCCAAUGUACCAUCCAGUUUUUCCUGCUCACCAUGUUCAUGAGUAUCAUCAUGGAUGUGUACUCUGAGUCUCGAGAGGUUGUAAAUCCUGACCAGUUAGAGAUCAUGCAAUUCGUAGAAGAUGAAGCAACCGAGGCUAUCAAUAAGCUUAGGUCUUUUGCAAAAACACAAAAGGAAUGCCAGCCAGAUCUAGAAAAGAUUCCUCGAAUGACCCUACAAGAGCAGAUACAAAAUGCCAUGGUAGAAAUGGAGAAACAAAAUGCCAUGGAGGAAGUGGAGAAACAUCAGCGACCAAGAGAAAGGCGCAUCCAUUUUCUCGGCAAUGAUGAUGUUUAUGUUCGGAAGUAAGGAUUCGUUUGGCCUCCUUAAUUCUUGCAGCUAAAUUUCACCACUAGGAAUCUAUUUCAGAUCCUUGGAUUUCUUUUCUAAAAGAUUCCUGUAAAAUUUUAAUUUGCUCCAUUUCUCUAUCUCACCAAAUUUCUGUGCAAACUUUUAAGUCAUGUCUUUGACCCUUUAUGAUAAUACUUUCGAGAAUCCUGACUGUAUCUUAAAGUUAAUGAUACUACCAGCUUAGACAAACUGAUCUGAGAUAAAAACAAUGACUUAAACAUCAAGUCUGGCAGAAGAUCACCUGGCUAGUCGGGAGUCUGCAAAUCACCGACAUGUGACUUCCCUACCAGGAUGAGAUUGAGGGUGAUGUCCUCUUGAAAUGACAGAUUUUGACACCUAGCCAUGCCAUGAAUAUCCGAGUCAAUGUUCCCAAGUUCAGAAUGUCAGAAUCACCCAAAUUUUUUACUAAUCCACUCCAGUCUUUGUCAAAGAAUGGACAUUCCACUGCUUCUGUGAUGCCAUGUUAUGUAGAAAACACACGUGACUCGAUG